AUGUCUAAUGGACACAAGCUGUCAGGGUCUGGCAGUAACCAGUCCCAACCAAAAAAAUUUCCCCCUGGGAGUAUUUCAUCAGAUUCCAGCUCUGCUGUUCUGCUCCUCACAGAGGAAAAUGUAAAAAAGCUGGAAAAGGAGUACACAAAUUCUAAAGAAGCCUUCAGUAAGCAGAAAAUAGAAGAUUAUAUUGAGCAGAGUAAUCUUGCUCUCUCCGGCAAAGAAACAGCUAGAAAAACCAGCAGAGAGCUUGUCUGGGAUGAACAGCCUGAAGGAACCUCCUCAUCCUCUCCCGCUAAGUGGAGUGAAGAUCACGAAGAAGUUCACUGGAAGGUCUCUGAAGAAAUUUCAAGGAAAGAUAAGCUACUAACAGAAUUGGUGACAGAUUCCCCAUCAGCUCUGUCCAUUGGUUCUAAGCUGGAGGAAUCCAAGCAGCAAGUCGACAGCUCUCCUGCCUCCUCCCACAGCGGCAGGCACCGUGUUGAGGAUGUGACAACUCAGACAGAGUGGAGCUAUUCAGACAAAUCUCCGGCUGCCAGGGAGGACGCUGUUUCAGUAAUAGCAGAAGAGAAGAAAAGCUCAGAGGGAGCGAAACAGAGCAGCCUUAAACCCACAGAACAUCCAGUGGUGCUCUUCAGAGACACCGAGAAAUACUCUGAGAGUGAAGAGAGCAAGGAGGUAACUGAAACUGAGAAAGAGGCAGCAGCUGAAGAAAGAGAGAAAAAUAACCAAAAAGGACCGUGUGAACAAGUCUUAACUGAAGAAUCUGCAAAGUGCAAAUUUUGUAGCAGUCCUGAAAAGCCAGUCCCAACAGUGGUGGAUCUGAAGGAACAACCCCAUGAAAAUUUCUUCUGUUGCAGGAGCUAUAAGGAAAUAUUUGAUACUGUGAUCCAAGAGUUGAUGAGUGAAGAUGAAAUAGAGAAAGAAAUUGACAUAGCUCCUCAUCCUCACCGGUCCCAAACAGAGCUGCGAUGUGACAUCAAAGCAGAACUGCUGCGACAGUUAAAUCAGGAAGGAUUUGAGAACUACAGGGAAAUACUUCAGCGAUAUCUGAAAUUCGCCGCCUGGGGCAAAAUUUCAUUUAGACUCUCAGAAGAAAAUGAGUACACCGUCAGACCACAGACUCCCCCUUCUGAGAAGCAACAACCAAUGCCAACACCUCCAGAAGACCUGCUUGAGAUGGACUGUGAUUUUGUUGCAGAGCAUUUAAAGCACUGCCACUCUGUCGAGCCUUUAACAAGAUACUACCCUGAUGGACAGACAUUUCUGCUGCUUCUUCCGGAUGGAACGGGUCAGGUUUAUUACCCAUCAGGCAACAUAGCUGUUCUGAUCACAUACACCAAGGGAACCCAGUUUACAUACUUCAUCCUCGAGGACAACAGGUACAUGGGGAUUAGAGCCUUCUUCGCAAACCGUGGCCGUGCAGCAUGCUGCCACCCCAACGGCCACAUCUGGGUCACCUUGGAUUUGUGUGCCGGGAUCUGCUUUCACCAGGAAGGGACGAGUCAGAAGCGCUGGAACUGGUGGGACUUCAGGCCUCAUGUUCACAGCCCUCCUUUCCAGUCCAUCUUCAUGAAGCUGAACAGUCACAUCACCAUUAAAAUUAUGGCUCAGGAUCAAAUUUGCUUAACAUUUAUCAACCACAGUGACCACAUCUAUUUCAAUGUGGGCGCCCGGCUCAAGCUGAAAGAUCCAGAGACAAGACACUUACUUAAAUGGCCAGAAAGCAAAGAGGAACUCUUCCUUCAGUCCAAAAAGAUCCAGCUCAAGAGUCUGCUGUUGAAAAUACAAACAAAAUUGCAUCGCUUUUGGCAUCCCCUCCCUCAGUGAGUUCACUCCUUGUCUUUUGUCCUCCACUAUCUGUGUGAAAUGCUGAAAUAAAGACAUAGAAUUUUGGAGCCAGCACUUAUGUUGGCAUUUUAGAUUAACUUUUUCUUCAAGACAGUAGCAGUCAGUCACAUUGCUAUGCAAAUAAAGCUUCUUUUUUCAAGUUCA